GCUCUCUAGACUCAUUCACUGUAGUUUCGCGACCGUCGGAGCGUCCUAGACGUCCUCCUCCACCAAAUAAUCUCACACGUGGAAGAGGCAAAAAAAUUCGGAAAAAUGUUGAUCGGGCUCGUUAGAGAAUCGGUUAUGCAGUGCUUCUGCCACACGUGCCGGGCACCACUUCCACCGGCCGUGCACAGAAGACAAAUCCCAAUCACAAAAGUCAAAACGAAACCAAGGACAAACCAGCCAAAAAGAGUACAAUUCGUGACGACCGAAGUUCGUUGUCAGGAAAAGACCAGGGGCGGAUUGCGUUAUGAGGUCAUUCUCAGCGAACCGGAAGUCAAGGCCACUCCGCCCAAAAAGGCCGUCUCACCAAAGAACAGCAUGUCCGUUCAGGAUAUCGAGGAUAAGUUGAAAGCCGCCGAAGAGCGCAGACAGCAAUUAGAAUCUAAUAAAAUCGCGGCUCUGGCGGCCAAGAUGCAGAAGAUUGAGGAAGCGUCCCGGAAGAAAGACGAACAGACUAGUCAAUUUAUUUCAGCCACUCGAGACGCCCUCGAGCAAAAAAUGGAGAAUCACACGGAGAAGCGCGAAGCGUACAUAACGGAUUUGAAAACCAAGCUUAAGGAUCACAUCGAAAACGUAGAGAAAACCCGAUUAUCAAUCGAACAGCAGACCGACGAAGUGAGAUCGGCAAUCGAGGAGAAGCUGAAGACGGCAUCAGUCCAACGCGAUGAGAAUAUCAAAAAGAUGCUGGAGCGUCUCAAGGAGCACGAAGAACAAGUGCAAAAAGUCCGGACCAGCAAUGCUCAUAAAUUCCAAAUGCUGGAAGCGGCCGUUCAGGAAAAACUCGAACAGGCACAGAACAGACGCGCUCAAAUCGAGCAAGAACAGAAAGAGAAAUUGCGCAAUUAUAACUCACGCCCUUUGGAAAUAAAACAAAGCGCUGUCUCCACGCUAGAAGUGCGCAAAAGUGAGGUUUCAACCCAACUGGAAACUAAAUUAACUAUCGCCGAACAAAAACGGGAACAGGAGAUUCAACGUAAACUCGAGAUCGCCAAAAAACAUAACGAGCACUUGAUGGAGGUUAAACAGUCGAUUGAAUCCGAGGAAGUGAAGAGCAAGACUGAAAUUGUUACUAAACUCGAGUCGAAGCUCACGACAGCUGAGCUCAACCGGGAGAAAGAAAUGCAGCGCAAAUUGGAGAACAUCAAAAAGAAUGAGAAGCGAGCCGAGACGGUGCGCCAGAACAAGGCGAACAUCCUCGCUCAGAGCACCCCGUCGUCUGGUUAAAUACCAGGAGCCGUAGUUGUAUUUUGUAUUCAUAAUCAUCCGCUUUUAUCAACAAGUCUUGGGUUUUUUGCCUCAAGACCAAUAUCAUAUUUGGAGAAGAUUAUCAGUAGUUAAGUUCUUCUCAAGUAUUGCUUUUAGACUGAAAACUUGUGAUUAUUUUAUAUUUUCAUUUGUAUUUGUUUUAUGGUGAAUAUGCUCACGUUUUAAUGAAAUCUCGUUUGUGUUUUUUUGUGUUUCGUAGUAUUUUUUGCAAAAGUCCAAUUUAGUGUAAUUAAUAAUAAGCGAAUUAAUGGUAAUGUUUUUGAAAUGACCAGCUGCUUAGCCACCUGUGAACAAUUAUAGAGCUUUAAGAUGUGUUUCGCGCACUUUUUCACAUGUAGCUAGAAUUUAAAGAAAUGUAAAUCAAAGUCUUAUUUUUGUGUAAUGAGGGGUGGGGUCUUCGAGCGACUUGGCAAUGCGUUAAUAUUUCUUAUAGAAAAGUGCAGCUAACGCAUGUCAGUGCCAUUUUUAUUACAAAACGCGGGUGGCUCGAACGACCCGAUCGCAAAAACUAGGAAGUAAGUUAUUGAUUGCGAAAAAAGUACACAUGAUUGCGGUGUCUACUUUUUAAGUUUCAAUAAGGGAUGAGUAUUCGUUAAGUGUUUAUAUCACAACAACCGCCUCGUGCUGCCUUGUGUAUGAACGUCGGAGUGACCGGAACCCGGAUUGUGCUUUUCUAUGUAGUUGUUUUAGUUUGAUUUGCCCACACGUUGGGCAAACUGAACGAAAAUAUCACUACAAGCUUCUGUGAUGAGUUGUUUUUUCAAAUAUAAAUUUAUAGCAGAGAUAUUUAGCUAAAGUGUAAACUAGCAUUUGUGUAGUGUUCGGCAGCCACCGAUUCAUGUUUCAUACGCUUUCAUGUAUAAACGAAUAUUUUUUGGUCGGACCAUCAUUAACGCUACAUUUAACGUGUUGGUUGUAACAUUUGUAACGUUCGGUUUUAGGUCUUACGUUUUGUUCUGUAAGUACUAAUGUUGCUUAAUAAAAUUAUUAACAAUUAAAA